AUGAAAUGCCGAUAUAAAUGGCGCAGCCAAAUAAAAGUUGCCACUUCUACGGAGGCUGUAAAUCGGAUAUUAUUUGCUAUUUCUGCAGUCUCACACAUUUUUGUCAUCAUUCAACCCAGUUGUGGUUGUGUGGUUUCGGAAGAAGAAGAAAAGCUAUUUUCUCAUUUCAUAAGCUUUUUAUUCACAACGUGGAAAACUGAUCGCUACAUGAAUGCCGGUCUUGGAAUAUGGAAUUUGCCUGCAAGGACGAGUGUUUGGGCAAAAAUCUUGCUGUCUUGUAGAGAUCGCUCUCGGCUCAUUCUUGGUCAACUUUUAGCAUACCUAGUAUUUCCUGCUGAAAAAAAACUCUCCAAACGUACUUGUGAAAGAUGUUGCUCUAAGGUUCCUGACUCUACGUUACGGAAACGUUUGCUAAUUGUGCGUAUGUUUGCCAACGACGUGCUUUAUAAAACCAUGUUGAAGGCCCUUCUCGACAUCAACUUGGACUAUCAGUAUACAAUGAACUUUGCUUUGCAUGAGCUAGCGGUUGUUGAGGAAGGUGUUAACAGGACACUGCUGCAGGACAUUGAGAAACUAAUUAGGUUUCUAAGGAACCUACAAAUCGAUUCUCCGUUUGCCAACCUUAGCGAAGAAAGACUUCGUUCACUGAAUUCGGACGAAAAGCUUUCAAUACAGUCUUAUGUUGAGAAUAGAAAUGCUCAUCUUUUGACAAUGCGGCAGAAAGCUUCAGCUAUUUUUGAUGACGAACAAAUAUAUGUAGAGCAAGUUAGCCAGAUACAGUUGUGUCAUCCCGAAGCUGUUUGCCAUGACCCAUCUUCGUGGCCUCAGAGUUGGGAGCUUGAUCCAACCGAAGGUCCCAACAGGGAAAGAAGGCGUCUUGUUCCAGCUCAUUUAAGAUUUGACAAACAAUUUAUACUUCCUGAAUAUGUUUACAAAUUAGAAAAUCGUGAUCACCCUCUCCCACUUUCAAAUCUUCUAAGUGGUAGACGAACUAGCGCAAAAGAAUGGAACAUGGUAGAAAGCUUAGCCCCUGGGGAGCGCAUUAAAACAGUUAUGCAAGCAACUGUUGUCAGAUCAACUGUUGAAAGUCAGGGAGAAGUUCUCAUUGGUGACAGAAAAUUCUAUUUUUUUGGUGGCUCAACCAGAACAACCCAGAAGGGGAUAUUGCAAACAGCUACUGUUGUUUUGGCCUGGGAUUAUGAUCAGGUGUUAGAAGUUUAUAAGCGCCACAAUCUUUUGAAGGAUCAAGCUGUAGAAAUUUUUUUUUCUGAUGGCCAAACAUACUUAAUUGCUUUUGAAGAUUCGGAUAAAAGGAAUCAGUUCCUAGAUUCAUUGUUAGCAAUGGAUUUGCCACACUUGGUAAACACUCCACAAAACUUGUUGCAGUCUACGACACAACUUUGGAGAGAGGGCAGUAUAACCAAUUUCGAGUAUCUGAUGGAGUUAAACAAGCUGGCUGGAAGAACUUUUAAUGACCUGAUGCAGUAUCCCGUUUUCCCUUUUAUCCUCUCCGAUUAUUUAUCUAAAGAAAUAAAUCUUGCUAGUCCACUGGUUUACAGGAACUUGUCUAAGCCUAUGGCUGUGCAAAACAAGAGUAUGGAGCAACAUUAUCUUCAAAAUUACGAGUGUCUCGAACAAGAAAGGAAACGGCUUUUACAAACUCAUGCAACACCUGCAGUUCUUGGGCCAUAUCAUUACGGAAGUCAUUAUUCAAAUAGCGGAAUAGUUGUUCAUUACCUUGUUCGGUUACCGCCAUUCACGGAAAUAGCUUUAGAAUAUCAAGACAACAAUUUUGAUAUUGCUGAUCGCUUGUUUAACUCGGUUGAAACGACAUGGCGCUUGUCCAGCUAUGAAUCAACAACGGAUUUUAAAGAAUUAAUACCUGAAUUUUUUUGCUGUUAUGACUUUCUUAUAAAUCGUGAAGGUUUGAACUUGGGAGUUCGACAGAAUGGUCUACCAGUAAACGAUGUUAUUCUUCCAAACUGGUGCAUGAAUUCUGCUCGUCUGUUUGUGCUCAUUCAUCGCCAAGCUCUAGAAUCUGCUACAGUUACCUCGUCAUUGCAUCUAUGGAUCGACCUUAUAUUUGGUUAUAAGCAGAUUGGGUCGGCUGCUGUUCAAGCAAUCAACGUUUUUCAUCCAGCUGUAACACAAACUUACCGAGACGGAAUAUCCGCUAUAAACACUGCAAAUAUUGACCCCAUUUCUGUUGGUGCUUUGGAAACAAUGGUUAGGACGUACGGUCAAAUGCCGACGCAAUUAUUUCUUUCCCCUCAUUUGCCACAUAUGGCAGUUAGGAACCUGUUUACGCACACCACGAAGUCCAGUCUGAGUCCACUGACGACGGUUAUGGGAUUGCGUUGGGGUGAAUUUGUUGGUAGUCCUGAUUCUGAAUUUGGUGAUCCUGUCGUAGUGCUUAGGCAACAUCCAAGCCGUAGUUGUGGACAUCUUUCUCAUCUACAGUCGUUUCCCGAUGGGUCGUGUUACGCUUAUCCGGACAAAACUUGGUUGUUGUCGUGGGCUAAGUCAUCCUCAAAAUCGAAAGAUGUGUUCAUGCUUGGAUUUCUGUCUUGGCGUUUUUCAGACUCUUUAGUUCGCAUGUGCUUGCUAGGAUCGAAUGUUCCAACAUGGAGAAAUCUAAUUGACCUUUAUAAUUUCAAGGUUACAGCAGUCGCUUUUUCUUUUACAAGUGACCUUCUUUUUGUGGCUCUUACCCUUGGCGUUACCCGAGUUUACCGUAUUUCUGCCGAUGACACGGGGUCUUGGAAAUGUGCUUUUUUACGUGAACUUUUUGCUCAUGAUAUCGAUGUGUCUACCAUAUCGAUAUGCAGUGAGUACGCAGUGGCAGCGACAGGAUGCCUUAGAGGCAAAUUAUGCAUUUGGGAUACCAAUAAGCUGUCAUAUGUUCGGACGCUUUUUUCCUGUCCUGAGUUCUGUGUGAUGCAAAGCUGCAUCAGUUGUACAACAUGCGACAUUGGAGUAUUUUUGCAGUCACCUGAACAGAAUGUUGUGAAAUUGUACACAGUGAAUGGAGAUUUGGUUGGUGAGGUAACAACUGAAGUUUCGAUUACUGCGAUGUGCAUGACUACAUUACCAGAAGGGACUGCUGUCAAUUGUCUUGUUCUUGGCAUGGAAAAUGGCGUUAUUCGGUUUUUAAAUAUGUGGACAAUGCAGCUUUUGCGAGACAUUUCUCAUCCGAACUAUAUGGAACCUAUAGUCAGCUUAACAUUUAGUUCACGUUGUACCAGGCUUUUUGCUUGUCUCGCAUCUGGUUGUAUUGUUUGUUGGCAAGGGGGAAACCUAAAUGCGAAACGGCUUGGAGGAUUGACCAUCGUAUCGUCAUCUGGUACUUUCCAGAAACCGACUGCCGAUUCGACCGAUAAAGAGUUUCAUGACUGA